UACGACUGAAGCAGGUGUCCGGUUAGGACAGGACACGACACGACGCCGCUUUUCAGUGAAGAGGGUGCUGCUGGCGCGCCCCGCUCUCCUCCGCUGUGUGGUGCUAUGGAGCAGCCGAUUUGCGUUCGGGGCAUGGGGGCGGCUGGCGGAGAGUAACCGGGACAUCAGAGGAAAGGUGACUUCAAUACGCCUCAGACUCAGAGUUUGCUCGUGUCACAGCUGAAUGCAGAAAUACAUGAGUACUUGAAGGAUUCUUAAUUGAAAGUGAGUUUGAGAGGAUAGAAGACCAUGGAAGAAAGAAAAGGGAGAGGAGCACCAGGGGAAGGUGUUGGCAGGUAAACAGAUAAGGCCCCGCACAGAACUUGUCUAUGCAGCAUCCUCUGACUUCUGGAGAUGGAGCAUCUCUGCAGAAGAGCAGUACUGCUCCAAGAUGUCAUCAGCCAGAACCACUUAGAUCAACUGUUCAACAGUAUGACUUCAAUUACCAGAACAGCUACCAGCCAUCUGCUCACAACGUCAUCAGACCUCUUUGUCCUACAUCUUUGGGUGAUACUCAAGGAUCUGGUCAGAUGUACACCACUCUUCCCAUGGAUUCUUCAUUAUUUAUACCAUGUGUUCCAAACAUGACUACUGCCAGACCACAAUCCGGGCAGGCGUUUAUAAGCACUCCUCAGCAAGCAAGUUACAUUGCAAGUGGUGAACCUUACCCAACUCAAGUUCCUUACUUUGUCCCUUCUUACAGUACUACUCAGGUUUUUCCAUCCCAUUCUGCUACGAUUCACCAAACUUAUCCUAGUUUCUGUUAUCAAGCUACGUCUGAUUUCAACACCCAGUAUAAUGUUUCCUUAACCUCACAGGCUCUUCAUCUUGCCACCAGUCAGCCUUCAUUUAAUGCCUUUUCCGGUCAAACAAAAGCAUUGCCAAAAAUGGGGCAGGAACAUCCCCAGGCAUCAUUUCAAUCUUGCCAUGCUGGAAAUACUAGUGCUUCUUUGCAACCCCAAGUUGGAGCAUCGCUGACAAUGCCAACUGGUCCUACUGUCAAUCCUGUUGUCUUUUCUUCCAGUGCAAGUAGCCAAGCAACUGCAGGCUCUCCCCUUUUAACGCCUCAACAUAUGAACCAAAGUUACCCACCCAGCAGACCAAAUGUAGUAAAAAUUGCAGUUGCUAUGGCACCUCUUCCACGAUGGCCACCACCUUCAGCUGAUCAACCUACUUCAGCUUUUGCAUCACCAGCAUCUGCUUCAGAGACACAGGAUGGCAUGCACUGUGGAUUUGUUUCUAAUAAUCAAGUUAAUUCAGCACCAAGUCCCUUGUCAUCAACUUCAGAUGAUGAGGAUGAUGAUGAUGAAGCAGGUGUGGACUCUUCUACUUCAUCAUCAACAUCCACCAACACGUCACUUACCAACAACUAUGAUAGUUUGGAAGGUGGAAGCAGUCAAGACUUGUCAUCUUUAGCCACUAAACCACCUGCUCCAUCUGAUCCAAGUUCACUGAUGACAACUAAACAUAAUGCAUAUCCAACUCUUCAACAACCUCACCUGAAAGUAGCUUCUCCAUUGUGUUCUGUGCGACAGCCCACCAGUCCAGGAUAUUCUCCUGCAAUUCAACGGAUUACACAGCCAUUUUCAAAUGUUAAUCAGUUGUCAUCGAGAAUGGAGCAGCUAUUUUUUCAGAAUAAGCAACAGAUCGGGUCUCUGAAGCAAAUCAACCUUCUUCAAGAGCAUAAUAUUCUUCCAACUGUUCCAGUCCAGUGCCCUCAAUCAAGUUUAAGUCCAGAACUAAGAAAGCUUAAUUGCAGUCCAGACUUAUUCCGGUGCACCCUGAUGAAUGUUCCUCAGACUCAGGCUUUGCUGAACAAAGCAAAACUUCCCCUUGGGUUACUACUUCAUCCUUUCAGAGACCUGACGCAUUUACCUGUGAUUACGUCCAGCACCAUUGUCAGAUGUCGAACUUGCAGAACAUAUAUUAACCCGUUUGUAUCCUUCCUUGAUCAAAGGAGAUGGAAAUGUAAUCUGUGUUAUCGAGUUAAUGAUGUACCUGAAGAAUUUAUGUAUAACCCUUUGACCCACUCAUAUGGUGAGCCACAUAAACGGCCAGAGGUUCAAACUGCAACUGUGGAAUUUAUUGCUUCUUCAGAUUAUAUGCUGCGACCGCCUCAACCUGCUGUCUAUCUCUUUGUUUUUGAUGUUUCCCAUAAUGCUGUGGAAUCAGGAUAUCUGAACAUUUGUUGUCAGUCAUUGUUAGAAAACUUUGACAAGUUACCUGGAGACUCAAGAACCAGAAUAGGAUUUAUUACAUUUGACAGCACUGUUCACUUCUUCAACUUGCAGGAAGGGUUGGCACAGCCUCAAAUGUUGAUUGUGUCCGAGAUUGAAGAUAUCUUCAUACCUACUCCUGACAGCUUGUUGGUAAAUCUGCAUGAAAACGGAGAGCUUGUUAAAGAUUUACUGAAAGUGCUACCCACAAUAUUCACUAGCACAAGAGAGACCCAUAGUGCACUGGGGCCAGCUCUGCAGGCUGCAUUUAAACUUAUGUCUCCUACAGGAGGGCGCAUAUCUGUGUUCCAGACACAGUUACCGUCUGUUGGUGUGGGUCGACUUUUUUCAAGAGAAGAUCCUAACCAGCGAUCCACCAUAAAGGGGGUGCAGCACCUUGGUCCAGCCACAGACUUUUAUAAAAAGUUUGCUUUAGAUUGCUCAAGCCAGCAAGUGGCUGUGGAUCUCUUUCUGCUGAGUGGACAAUAUUCUGAUUUGGCUUCACUUGCUUGUAUGUCCAAAUAUUCUGCUGGAUCAGUGUUCUAUUAUCCAUCAUUCCAUCACGUUCACAAUCCUGCCCAGGCAGAGAAGUUUCAGAAAGACCUCAAACGUUACCUCGUGAGAAAAAUUGGCUUUGAAGCAGUUAUGAGGAUACGCUGCACAAAAGGUCUUUCAAUUCACACUUUUCACGGAAACUUCUUUGUGCGUUCCACUGAUCUGUUAUCCCUUGCUAAUAUAAAUCCCGAUUCAGGAUUUGCAGUGCAGAUGUCUAUCGAUGAAAGUCUGGCAGGCUCAUCUGUUGUAUGUUUUCAGGCUGCUUUGCUUUACACUUCAAGCAAAGGUGAGCGUCGGAUUCGAGUGCAUACUUUGUGUUUACCUGUUGUGAGUUCUGUGGCUGAAGUUUACUCAGGAGCAGAUGUACAGGCUAUUACUUGUCUUCUAGCCACUAUGGCUGUUGAUCGAUCUGUUUCCUCCAGUCUAUCUGAUGCCAGAGAUGCCUUGAUAAAUGCUGUGGUAGAUACCUUAUCUGCAUAUCGUUCCACAGUUUCUAAUCUCCAGCAAUCAGUUCUGGUGGCUCCAAACUCCCUCAGGCUGUUUGCCCUUUAUAUUCUAGCUCUGUUGAAACAGCAAGCAUUUAAAACUGGCUCCAGCAUUCGUUUGGAUGAACGGGUGUUUGCAAUGUGUGACAUGAAGACUCGGCCAUUAGUUCAUCUGAUGCUGAUGAUUCAUCCACACUUGUACAGAAUUGACAAUCUGUCUGAUGAGGGUUCUAUCACUGUUGGUGACAAAACCAUUCCUCAGCCACCUAUUAUGCAACUUUCUGCAGAAAGGCUGAUAAAAGAGGGUGCUUUCUUGAUGGAUUGUUGUUCUGUUAUAUACCUCUGGAUUGGAAAAUAUUGCAACAGCAGCUUUAUAAAUGAAGUGCUAGGAUUUUCUAACUAUGUUUCUGUUCCACAAACUAUGAAGUUUGAACUACCGGAAUUGGAUACAGCGUUAUCUCAAAGAGUUAGAAGUUUUGUUUCCUGGCUUCGAGAUAGCAGACCAUUUCUAUCAAUUAUUUACAUUGUGAAGGAUGAUGCUCCAUUCAAAACAAGUUUCUUUCACAAGUUAGUGGAAGACAGAACAGAAUCUGCAUUAUCGUAUUAUGAGUUUCUUCUUCACAUUCAGCAACAAAUCUCCAAAUAACAUUUAUAGUUCGUGAGUUGGAACUGAUCAGUCAUCAUCGUGUUUCUUGGUGGGAGGUUGGUAUGGUGUGGGUGAUGGAAGAGUUGGGGCAGAAUGGUCAUCUAAAGAGAAAUCCAUUUACCUUGGAGACUGGACUUGCUUUCAGCUACAUUGAUAUGUAUGUUUUCAAACAGUGUUUCAAUCUUGAUAAGAGUUUUACACUGACCUCAGGAAUAUGCAAAGCUGGUCAAUAAAAUUUACAGAUCUGCAGAAUAAAUUCCUGGUUACAACACUGAAAUGCCUGACUCUAUGCUACAAUAAAGAUUUUUAAAAAGCCACUUUCACUGCAGAGUUAUAAUAAUGACAUUAAAGAAUGGGUUUGAAUGUUUUUUUUCCUAGAUGGGGCAGGAACUUGGAGACCUUGUUACCUAAUACAAAAUUUGAUUUAUUUAUUGCCAUGUAUAAGGCCCAUUUUAUAGUUUUGUUAAUUUUGAUCCUAUUAAGUUUCUUGUAUGUAAUUUUAUCAGUGUAUAUGUUGAUUUUUCUUUUCAUUAGUGUUAUCAGUGUGUAGUAGACGUGAUGAUUAUAAAUGUAAGAACUUAUCCAGAAUGACUAGUGAGUGCAGUCUGCAUUAAGAUCACUUGCAGGGCUACUGAAUGUAGUUUCAGAAUGCACAUUAUAAAAGUCAGUGUGUAUAUAUAGAAGUUAAUUUUAUAAUGUAUAAAAAGUAGCCUCGUUUUUUGGUUAAAUUACAAUGGAAAGAAUAAACUGUAUGCAACAGUGUUGAAUGUUUUGUUAUCAAAUUCCUCCUGUCCCAUGCAGACCAUUUAGGGCUCAAGGAUCUGAAUGCAGGUCUUCUAUGCUGUCUGUCAAUUCAAACCACAAGUGUGUUGUCAAAUUUAACAAAAAACAUUUUUAAAUAUUUUGUUUUGUGUUGAAUUAUAAGUGCUCUGUAGGGUUUUCAGUUUUAGCUUUAUUUUAUAUUGAACCUUGUAUUGCUAGGGCUGAUAAAAUGGACAGAUUGUUUUAUUGUACAAUCAACACUCCACACUGUGGUCAGCUGAAAUCUCAAGAAACAAAAGAAAACUGAAUGUGUACAACAGCUCUAACUAAAUAAAUGUAUAGGAUGUAAUGGGAAGUUUAGAAAACCAACAUAUGAAUAAAUAACUUCAUGAACUUCAAACUGUAAGACCUGGUAUGUUCCACUGCUUAAAUUAAGCAAAAUAUUAAAUGCAGCAUUUAUCUGAAAUAUAUUGUCUAUUUUUGGAUUAGAAAAAUCUUAACAAGUGCAUGAGUAAUUCCAAUUGUUUUACAUUUAUGAAUAAAACAUUGCAAAUAUAUUGGCCUCGCACGAGAAAUAUUCCAAAAAGAAUGUAGCAUAAGACAACUCAUCUGAAGCUGACUAAUCAAACUAUGUCAAGUUAAGUCUGUCCUUCGACAGAGAAAAUCUUGGUGAGAAGCAAUUAGAAAACAAUGAAAUUGUUGAAAGAGAAUUUUGUAUUUCAUAGUUUUAAAGUUUUCAAAAGUCACUUCUCACCAAUAUUCAAGGGCAUGGAUAUUUAGUCAAUAGACAUUAAAGUAGGUGUAUUUGCAAUGGGUCAGGAAUUGACCAGGAAUGGACUGUAUUGUGAGCAGAAAGUACACCUAUAUAGUCAAAUUGAAUAACUAUGAGUAAUUAUGGAAAAAUAUUUUAAACCCUGGCUUGUAAUUGGUCAAAGUAAAAUCUAUAAAUAUUGACUAAAUGUUUUUGU